AUUGUUGAUUUUUAGUAGUUUUCGCCUAUGGUGGAACUGGAGCUGGAAAAACAUUCACGAUGCUUGGAACACCUAUGUAUCCAGGGUUGACAGCCCUCUUGGCGGAAGAAUUGUAUAGCACUCUGAUGGAGGAUUGCAUUGGCGUCGAAAUCAUUUGUUCUUACCUGGAAAUUUACAACGAAAAUGUGCACGACCUUCUAUCAGACAUCCACCCGCCUAAGGCGCUGCAGCUGCUGGAAGACGGUUCCUCGGUGGUAGUCAGCGACCUGAGUUGGUUCAGACCUUCAAACGCCGAGGAACUCAUGAGCAUCUUACGGACGGGAAACUUGCGACGCUCUCAGCUGCCGACAGACACAAACAAAGAAUCUUCUAGGUCACAUGCAAUCUUCCAGGCACGAUUUAGCUUUCAAAUGCACACAUGUUUGUUAAAUUUAUGGGAUGUGAAGGUGGCAGUGAGCUUGAAGAGGAGAUUUGGAACAUUCUGCUCUAAACUGUGCUUGGUUGAUUUAGCCGGUUCUGACAGGGCUUCGUCACACACCGACAUGAGACGCAGGGUCGAAGGUGCAAACAUCAACAAGUCUCUCCUCGCAUUAGGCAGUUGCAUUGAUGCUUUGGCCGACGGUCUGCAGCAUGUUCCUUUUAGAAACUCGAAGUUGACGAGACUGCUGAAGAACUCUUUGGACGGAAACUGCCGCACCAUCAUGAUCGCCAAUGUUUCGCCUAGCAGCCUCGCCUACGACGACACCUUCAGCACCCUUAAGUACGCAGCCAGGGUCAAGUACAUCAAAAACUCUGUCAAGAAGAACCUAGUGUCCGCCAGGAAUGCAUCAGUGUCGGCCAGGGAUCUGGAGGCUGCAAAGGUGGAGAUCGCCCUGCUCCAGAUGGAAAUCGAAUCCCUGAGAGUUGAAAAUCGCGACCUGAAGACGACAGUGAAAGAACAUGUCUGCGUUGCUCCCGAAUUCAGGGACAGAUUGCGAUCGUGUUCACCAGUGAACGAACCAGAUGAUGAUGAUGACCUUCCCUUCACCACCAGGAAUGAAAUCUAUUCUGAUCCCGGAUGCAGGUCGAGCCUCCAGUCAUCUGGCUCGGUUUUUGAAGAGCCAGGUAUGAGUCUGGAAAAGCCGCGGCCGAGAAGUGAAAGCUCGUAUGAAAUUCCAAGAAUCAGGGAACCAUUAUCUCGUCGCUCAACUGAAAUAAUGGAAAUUGACUCUCCAAAAUCAACGUUCAGGGAGCAUGCCGACGUUAUGCCUGAGUUCCGAGAUUAUUCGCAAUCUUGGUUAGCGGAACCUAAGCAGCAACGAUCUGGCAUAGUUCCCAUCAUGCCUGUGCAAGAGCGGCAGGUCUUUAGAGAGACGUCACCUCAUCCAAAUCCUAACACUGAGAGAAGACAAAGUUAA